AUUUUGAUCACUUGAGGACACCGUAGAAUAUACACUGACAGCCUUUGACCCAAACAAACACAGUUUAGACUUUCCUGGGAAUGUCCACAAUUUCGCAAACUAAUCAACUUAAAUUGUAGGCCCUAGCUAAAAUAACGUCAUUGCAAACAGUUACUGCUACGAAUUGUGGUAUGGAGGGGGACCCUAUAUCUGCCCUGUGCACGCCUGCCUUGGUGGUGGAUGUGGACAUUGUGAAGAGGAAUUCUCACAGAAUGAAAGAACGCUGUCAGAACUUGGGAAUCCAACUGAGACCACAUAUGAAGACCCAUAAAACCCUUGAGUGUGCUGACAUAAUGACUGGAGGAUCUCGGAGAUGCAUCGUUGUCUCUACUCUUGCAGAGGCCUGUUUCUAUGCGGACCAUGGAUAUGAUGACAUCCUGUAUGCUUACCCUCUACCCUUUGACAAGGUGGAGCGCUGUGCUGUCCUGUCAGAGAAGUUGACUUUAUUCCAGGUGUUACUGGACCACCAUGAUGCUCUGGACCAGUUGAGAAAGAGACUGCUAGGGGAGGGAAAAAAGUGGCAAGUCUGGCUCAAACUGGACUGUGGCAAUGGGAGAGCUGGCGUGCUCCACUCUGAGCCUGAGGCCCUGCGAUUGGCUCAGGCCAUUUCUGAGGCUGAUGGAGUGAAGCUGACUGGGAUUUAUGCCCACUGUGGGAACAGCUAUAAUUGCAGAGGGGUGGAGCAAAUACAGACGGUCGCUCAGGAUACCACCACAUUCACUCUGCAGUUCAUAGAGAAACUGAAAGGUUUGGGCAUCACUUGCAAGUCUAGUAUUGGCUCCACCCCCUCCUGUAGCUAUCCUGUCACAGACAUGGCCAAACUCAGCGAGGUGCACCCAGGAAAUUACACCUUCUAUGAUGUUCAGCAGUCUGUGAUUGGCUCUUGUUCUCUGGAGGAUGUGGCUGUGAGAGUGCUGACCAGGGUCAUAAGUCACUGCCCUCACAGGAACCAGCUGCUCGUAGACUGUGGCUGGACUGGACUGAGCCUGGAUGGAGCUGGAAAACUUCCCACUGGAUAUGCCAUGAUUGAAGGACACCCAGACCUUAGACUCCUGUCUAUGACCCAAGAGCAUGGCAGAGUGGAGUCCAUCUCAGGGAAGCUGGAUUAUGACAGAUUCCCCCUGGGCUCCCUCCUCACACUCAUCCCCUACCAUUCGUGUGCAACAGCCAUGAUGCAUUCUGUUUACCAUGUUCACUCUGGGGGCCGUCUAGUGGAGAGAUGGACGCCUACACGCGGGUGGUGAUGGGAUGCAGUGAAGCACCGUGGGGAUGGAAAUGUGGUUUUACAGUACAUUAUGGAUGUUGACUUUAGAAGGCAUCAACACUUGUUUCAGUGAAAUAAAAAACGUGUGUACACUU